GAUCUUCAUCGUCUUUCUUCUCAUCUACCACCCUCAACAUGUCGUUUGGAAAAGUCAUCAAGUUGAGCACGGGCCAGGAUAUCCCCCAAAUUGGUCUCGGAACAUGGCUUUCUAAGCCCCAAGAAGUCGAGCAUGCUGUUGAAUGGGCAGUUCGCGCUGGCUACCGUCACCUUGAUCUUGCCAUGAUUUACGAGAAUCAGCACGAGGUCGGUGCUGCUCUCAAGAAAGUCAUUCCGUCUGUUUGCAAGCGGGAAGAUCUCUUUAUGACAUCGAAGCUCUGGAACUCGUCCCAUCAACCCCAGGUUGCAGAGGCCGAAUUAGACGAGACCUUGAAGCAGCUUGGAACUGAUUAUCUGGAUUUGUAUUUGGUUCACUGGCCUGUCGCAUUUAUUCCCGGAAAGGGCCUCAACCCAAUUAACCCGGACAAUGGCCAGAAGCAUCUUGACACCGAAACAUCGCUGGUCGAUACCUGGAAGGCUAUGAUUAAGCUCAAGGAGACUGGAAAGGUUAAAGCUAUCGGUGUAUCGAAUUUCACCAUCGACCACAUCAAGGGUAUCAUCGCUGCUACUGGGGUAGUACCGGUUGCCAACCAAAUUGAAGCGCACCCUCUUCUCCCUCAAGAUGACCUCGUUGCGUUUUGCAAAGAGCAAAAUAUCCAUAUCACUGCAUACAGUCCUCUAGGCAACAACUUGCUCAACAAGCCUAUGUUGACUGAGCACGCUUCUAUCAAGGAAGUUGCUGCUAAACUUGAUGCCACUCCUGCUCAGGUGCUUGUCGCUUGGGGAGCAUACAGAGGCUAUUCUGUCAUUCCCAAGAGUGUUCAGCAUGAGCGCGUUAUAUCGAACUUCAAACAAGUUGAGCUUAGCAAGGAGGACUACGAGAAGGUUUCUGCUGUGGGACAUAAUAACCACACGCGAUACAACACUCCCGCUGGUUACUCGCCGAAGUGGGACAUCAACCUCUUUGACGAGCCCAUUGAGCUAUCCGCCACUCAUAAGGUCAAGGUUCAGUGAUCAUGCCAUGAACGUUGCAUGAACCGUGGUAUGCUUGGUAUUGUAUGAGGAGGGUAUUUUCAUGACAUUGUAUUGCCAAGAACGAAGGAACCCAAUCCCGAUAGAAGAAGAAGCUAAAAUAAUUGUGUUGUAUGUAUGUUUUUAUUCAUCAAUUAAAGUAUUUGGCUUUC